ACAGUAUGACAGGUCCGCGCUGGGGGCCCUGUCGUCCCCGGCUGGGUCCAGGUUCUCCUCACACACCAUGAGACACACGCACGUCCUGGUUUAUUGGUACAAGUUGUUGCUCACACACCACGCUAUUAGGAGCACUACUUGGUUACAACUGUCCGAGGUCACCACUACCUGAGGUCAUCAUCACCCGAGGUCACCACCACCCGAGGUCACCAUGUUUGGGGCAGUGAUGGUGAUCAUCAGCCUCCUGACACAGGGGGACGCUGGUACAGCCUCCUGCCCUACGCCCUUCGUCAAGAUCGGGGAGGGCUGCUACUACUACAAUAUGAUGUUCACGACUUGGUCAGAGGCGCGGACGACCUGCCAAAGUCUCCUGCCGGGGGAAGACGCCGACCUGGCCGUCCUGGACUCCACCUGCGACGACUUUAGACACAUAGCAUCAUACGCCAUCACCAACGGGCUUGAACCUUUCUGGGUGGGUACCAGCGACGUGGUGAACCAGGGGUACUGGACGUGGGUGGACGGGCGCCAGGUGGACAUCACCGCCCCGUACUGGAACACCGACGAGCCACGAGCUGUCGAGGGACACGACUGUGCUUACUUAGCCUUUAAUACCGAAAUCGCUCACAGGUUGCGCCUCAAAUCUGGCUUCUGUGAUGAUAUCUGGCCCUUUCUGUGCCAGCUGGGUGUUCAUGCUCUUAAGUAGGCCCGUAGGUCGUGUGAACUGAGUGACCAGCUCCCUGAGUGACCAGCUCCCUGAGUGACCAGCUGGUGAAAGUGACUAGCUGGUGAAAGUGACCAGCUGGUAAAAGUGACCAGCUCAAGUUAGUCUAGACACUACCAAUACACACACAGUGUAUAGUAUCAGUUAACUUUACUCCUGUAAUACAUGCCUGUAUUUUUGUAUUAUUUUGUGUUUAUGGAGAGUUUGUCUAAUACAAUAACUUAUGAGUGUAUAUAACAAUCACGGCACGUCAGCUUGCCAUACAAUUAUCACCACACUGAUACAACAGUGUUGCUGUAUUACUCAUGCAACCCAUUAUUUGUUGGGUUUAAUAAAUGAAUGACAAAG